CUGUUCUUCCCUGACCUCUUUUUUUGUUCUGUCUUCUCCCCCCACCCCCACCACCCUCUCUCUCUCUAUGGUUAUUAUUAAGAGAACUCUGUUAGUGAAUAAAAAGCCUUUCUGCUUUCCACUUCUAAGAAGAGAGAUAAUUUUGGCUCACAGAAUGUGAGGGUUUAAGAGCUAUCUCUGUUUUUUACUCCCAAUCAUUUCAAGAUUGUUGUAGAUCAUUAAGCUCUCUGGUUUCUUAUUUUUAUGAAAGGAAAGGAAUAAUCUUUAGAACUGCAGUGUCUGUGCGGGUUCGUGUGUCCACUUUGUCUAAACUUCUUUGUUAGAGAAAACCCACAUUUGCUUCUGACAAAAGAUGAAAUGGGUUGUUCCAGAACAUCUUCAAGAGCAAGAUUUUGUUUUCUUCCUCUCUGAAAGUUUUGUUGGUAGAAAGAUAUUACCCAUUUUGGCACAACUCUUCCUCCUUUUUAUCAGAAAAGAUGGCUUAGAUUCUUCCAGAAUACUAUCUUUCUCACUUUACCACAUUCCUAUUUUCUAAAAGCAGUCUCCUUGAACUUCAGCAAGAGAAAACAUGGGUUGUGUAGCCUCCAAGCUAGAGGAAGAAGAAGAAGUAGUGUCUAUUUGUAGGGAUAGGAAAAGGCAGAUAAAGCUAGCUGUGGAAAGAAGAUUUGCGCUUGCGGAUGCCCAUAGUAGGUACUGUCAUGCUCUCUAUGCAGUUGCAGCGGCCAUUGGACUCUUUGUAUCUCGCCAUUCUUCACCAUCUUCACCUUUCUUGAUAACUUUCCCUCCUUCACCACCACCCACUGACCAAAAUGUAAUAACCAACCCAAUGUUUCUUCAACAAAACCCUUCAGAUUCAACAACCCAUGAAGCCAUGGCUCGUGAGUCAUGUGCUGAUGAUUCCUCAACGUCAUCUUCAGGCUUUUCAGAGGAAGAGAGUAGUACAAAACAAGGAGUGGAGAGAGAGCAAAACCCAUAUCAUGGAUACUUCUAUAUGCAACAACAAAUGGCACCCCCAAUGCCUUCACCACAUAGGGAUUUUGGCUGGGAUUUCUUUAACCCAUUUGAUGGGAUGAGACCAGAGGUGAUAAGUGGGUAUAGGAGAAGCUCUGAUGAUGAUUUGAGGGUAGUGAGGGAAGAAGAAGGGAUUCCUGAGCUGGAAGAGGAAGUGGAAGGAGAUGUGGGAGAGAAGAAAGUUGUUGUUUCUGAAAAAAAUGGAACGGGAGAACUUGAGGAGAGUGGUUUUACUGAAAUGGUGAAGAUUGUGAAUGGCAAUGCUAAUGGCAAACUAGAAGAGCAAAAGGGGCUUACUGUCAUUGAUUGUCCUGAGGAAGGGAGAGAACUGCUUGAGGCUCUGAAAGAUAUUGAGGAUUAUUUUGUUAGGGCCCAUGCUUCUGGAAAGGAUGUUUCCAGGAUGCUAGAGGCUAAUCAAGUUCGUCUGGAAUCCGGUUUGGAGGAGAUAAAAGAGAAGUCAACCAAACUCAUCCAAUCCAUUGCAUGGCAUCGGUCCACUUCAUCUUGUAAGAGUCUUGUAGCAUCCAGUUCCAAGAGUUCAUCGGCAUGGACAGAAUUCAAAGAUGAUCUCUUUGAUGAUUAUCAAGGAAUGGAUUCAGGAAGUCAUUCUCUAACACUAGGAAGGCUGUAUGCUUGGGAAAAGAAGCUUUACAAGGAAGUUAAGGUGGGAGACAGCAUGCGGAAAAUUUAUGAGAAGAAAUGUUCGCGAUUGAGAAACCAGGAUGUCAGAGGAGAUGAUGAAGUACCCAUGGACAAAACAAGAGCGGCAGUAAAAGAUUUAUAUGCCAGGAUCCUGGUUGCAAUUUGCAGUGCUGAAUCUAUCUCAAAGAGAAUUCAAAAAUUAAGAGAUGAAGAAUUGCAGCCUCAAAUUGUUGAACUUCUCAAAGGCCUGAUACACGCUUGGAAAAUUAUGACGGAAUCCCAUGAAACCCAGAACAAGAUUCUAUGUGAAGUAAAAUUCUUUGCUUCUUCGGCAUUUGGAAGAUUCUGCAACGACAAUCACCAACUUGCUACGCUUCAGCUCGAGGCUGAACUUCAUAAUUGGAGAGCCUGCUUUGCAGACUACAUAGCAGUGCAAAAGGCAUACGUUGAAGCUCUUCACGGUUGGCUAACCAAGUUCCUUCUACCGGAAGUCGAAUUUCACUCUAGAAUAAGGAGUUCAGCUGCACCGUAUCGAAAUAAUGGGCCUCCAUUACUUGUAAUUUGCCAUGACUGGUUAACUUCCAUGGAAAAGUUACCUGAUAAGGCUGUUUCCUUUGCGCUGAAAAGCUUUUCCAAGGACGUAAGGGCUUUAUGGAUUCAACAAGGGGAGGAACUGCAACAGAAGAGAAAAGUUGAUGAUCUUGCAAAAGAGCUCGACCGGAGGACUAUGGCAUUCCAAAAGUCAGAGAAUAGGUUUCUGGAAUCCCAGCUCAUUGAGUAUAAUAAAUCAGAGAUUGAGGUAGGAAACCAUAAUACUGAGUACUUGACAGAGAAGAAGGAUCACUUGGAACAUUUCCAGAAAAAGCUGGACAUAGAGAAGGAGAAACACCAUAGUUGUGUGCAGGAGACACAAAGGAUUGCAUUGAACGGAUUCCAGACUGGAUUUUGCAAUGUUUUGGAGUCUUUAGCUGAAUUCUCCAAGGCUUCUCUGAAAAUGUAUAACGACCUUGUCAAUUGCAUUGAAAAUUCUGAGAAAGUUGGGAAUCUCUCUUACAUGGAAGGCUCCCAGGAUGACAAAGUAAACAAAAACCCAGAGAGGAGCCUUGCUGGAUGAGUAUGGCUGCUCGCAUAAUAGAAUAUUUUUAUGUAUAUUAUUUCUCAUGUCGAAGCAGCUCGCUGAGACGCAUUUCCAUGUUUGUAGCUGGUUUCAUUAUUCAUUGUCAAUGGAUGUUUAUGUUGCCCACAUUUUUGUUGCUGAACUUGUAAAAUUUCUCUUUUUCCUUGCA